AUGAAGGACCGGCUGGAGCAGCUGAAGGCAAAGCAGCUGACACAGGAUGAUGAUGCCGAUGAGGUGGAGAUGGCUAUUGACAACACAGAGAUGGAGGAGACUGGGCUCAACGUGGACAAGAUCUCAGAGCAUGUGGAGGAAGCAAAGAAACUCUACAGUAUCAUUCUGUCUGCACCAAUUCCAGAGCCAAAACCCAAGGAUGACCUGGAGCAGCUCACAACCGAGAUCAAGAAAAGGGCCAACAAUGUCCUCAACAAACUAAAGAGCCUGGAGAGGCACAUUGAAGAAGAUGAAGUCCGCUCAUCAGGAGACCUUCGGAUUCGGAAAUCUCAGCACUCCGUCCUCUCUGGGAAGUUUGUGGAGGUGAUGACCAACUACAAUGAGGCUCAGGUGGACUUUCGUGAACGCAGCAAAGGGCGAAUCCAGCGGCAGCUUGAAAUUACUGGCAAAAAGACAACCGAUGAGGAGCUGGAGGAGAUGCUAGAGAGUGGCAACCCUGCCAUCUUCACUUCUGGGAUCAUCGACUUGCAGAUUUCCAAGCAAGCCCUCAGUGAGAUCGAGGGUCGGCAUACGGACAUUGUGAGGCUGGAGAGCAGCAUUAAAGAACUUCAUGACAUGUUUAUGGACAUCGCCAUGCUGGUGGAGAACCAGGGCGUGAUGUUAGAUAACAUAGAGUUGAAUGUCAUGCACACAGUGGACCAUGUGGAGAAGGCAGGAGACGAAACUAAAAGAGCUGUGAAAUAUCAGGGUCAGGCCCGAAAGAAAUUGAUAAUUAUCAUUGUGAUAGUAGUUGUGUUGCUGAGCAUUUUAGCAUUGAUUAUUGGACUUUCCGUUGGGCUGUAAUGAGUGGCCUGCGGGGCUGUUGCACUGAAAUAACCUGAUUUCACUCCAGCCUGGUGGGACCACCUUUAUCUUCAGAUGGGAAUGGAGUCUGAAUGGCCUUCCUGAGAGCCAAGGGAACCCGUUCCUUUGUUUCCUUGUAACCAUCCUUGGACCUGAAUCAGCAAUCAAUCUAGCCCUGGAGGAAUCUAACCUACCUGAUGCAACCCCAAGUUCUCCUCAAAACCAACUCCUGCCCCAGCAACUGAAGUACCUUUCCUCCUGGACCAUAUGAACUGACCCAGAUUUUUCCCUCCUGUGGUGUGUCAAAUUAUGCCUUGUACCUUGGAAAUCCCAUGUGAGACUAUCCUA